CUGUGGGUUUCACAGAAAUGCAUUGUGCAUGUGUUGUAUAUUGAUUAAAAAACACAAAACCUAAAUAUACCUGCUUUGUACAAGGAAGGAACGGGUGUUAAUAUUGAAUAAGAAUAGAAGAAAUGGUUGUAUGUGAACUGCUGGUGUGUGUUAAAUGCUUAUCAGGUACAUUUAAAUGUGAAUGAAAACUAUAAAUAAUCACGAGGAAGAAUGUCCGCUUUUCAAACUUCCGGGUCUCAUAAGAGGAAAUGACAGAAAUGACGGGGAACUCUAAUGCGACAAAAUUGACUCGGUAUUACUAAAUAAUAGAGCUCUCCUGCUGUACACAUAUCUACAGACUUGUGAUAGUUGACCACUGAAAGAUACAGAAUCGACAGACAAAAUAACAAAGCUGUAAACAGGACUAUUGUAAGUGUUCACCAUGCCGGAGGAGGCGGCUGCACUGAGUGGGGCAACCAUGCAGAACUGGAUGGUGGGGUCAAUCGUGGGCACCAUGGUAACCAUCGUCUUAGUGAUCUUCACCCCUGGUUGGCUCGUCUUUAGUGACAUAAAUGCAGACUUGAGUGUGUCUGUUAGUAUCUACUACUGGAUAGUGUGUGGUGCCAAGAACACGACAUGUGGGGCCCACGGAAUCGGUCAGCCAGACGUGUAUGAAUACAUUAAAAAAACCAACGCUAUGCCGGAGACUACCCUGCUGUUAGUGUCUGUGGACAUGAUCCUCUGUAUCCUGUGUGCUAUCAUCGUUUUGGGAGAUUUGGCGGGAAAUAGGACUCUGACCACGUGGUGGGACAAUCUCAAACUAGGCAUCCUUAUAUUCAUCAUUUUCAUUUUGAAUCUCAUCAUCAUUGGUCUGUUUGGCCACAGCAGUAUAAGUCUAUCGGCUGAUCCCACGCUGGUCGUGUCUGUUCCCUACUCCAUACUAAUUUUGUCCCUGGCAGUCCUGAUGGCACUUCUGGAGUUCUGUUUCCUGAUCUAUGUUCAUCACCUGUCCACGGUCCCCUACAGGGCUGUUCCAAAUAACUCCAUAGAGGAAGAGGACAACCAGCCAAGCACCAGCCGGCCUAGCAUCAACAGACCGUGCUAAGCCGGCCCAGCAUCAACAGACCGUGCUAAGUUGGCGUAGCGUCAACAGACCGUGCUAAGCCGGCCUAGUGUCAACAGAACAACAGUCACUACACACCAUCUCAGAUAUACAGCCUAAUGGAAUUUUGUUUAGGGUACUACUCAAUGUCAUACAGUAUACAAUUUUAUACCUGUAUUCUAUAUAUUUUAACAAAUAGUGACAGUAGACAAUAUGUUGGUAAUCCUUUUCUAAUUUAUACAGAUCUCUGGUCAAUUUUAAUAUGGACUUUUUCUCCACUAUAAUUUCAUGUACAAUGUAUAUCAUGGUAGAAUUCCACUACUGUGUAGAACUAUUGUAGAACUAUUACAUUAUUUUUGUCUGUCUUUUCCCAUGAUGCUUUCAAUACAUGUACCAGAAAUUCCAAGGAGACGGUUGUGAAGUGUUUUUAUCACAUACAGUGUACAUUAUCCAUGUUAUAUAUACUGCUCUGCAACAUUCAUGUUGAUUGCCUUACUUUUACUUGCAAGAUUAACAUUGUCUACUGAUUUGUGAAUACUUAUCUGAAACUGGAAACUGGCAACACAUCAAUAAAUAAUUAAUGUAGCACAUGAAAUGAUAUAGAAUUCAUGCUUCAGUAACUUUCAUAUGAAUAAAUAGGAAACUUCAGUAAAUAAAUAGAUUUUAACUGUGAGUCUAAUGAAAGUCAAUUCAUAUACUUUCAGCACCAUUUAUUUAUCUAUCUUUUCUUUUUUUACAGUAUUUACAUAAAAACAAUAAAAUAAAUUCCACAUUCAAUUUUCAUAUUUACAUCUUGUAUUUCUUAUAAUUUAAAAAGAUGUAACUAUAUAUUUACAAAUUUAAAACAUGUACAACUAUUUUGAACUUUUUUUUCAAAAUAAACAACAUUGUUUUUAUAAUGAAUCUCUUUUCACAAAGAUGCAGAUCUAAAGUUGUCAAAUUUCUAAUACAGACAUUUUAAAUGCAUGUUAACAUGUCAAGCUGAAAUUUGGAAAUAAAUAAGACUUGAAUUACUUACACACAUUAUGGUAUUGGGGGGAAAACCCUGCAUACUUUGUAUAACAUCAAAACAUGAAAAUAAGAUAAAUCAGAAACAUCCUCCACAUAUUGCAGCUUCUGAACAUAGUUUGUUAUUUGUAACAGUUUAAAAUUAAAUCAAUGAGUCAGAUGAU